UUUUUUUUAAUUUUCCUUCUCAACGCAACAGCCAUGGACGUGGACAAGUCUCUCGAUGACAUUAUUGCCGACAAGAGGCAACCAAAGCCCCAGCAACAGCGAAGGCCUCAUGGUCCACGACAUUCUGCCGGUAACACGCCCCGACAGACGCCUUACGCCAGGCCUCCCCCAAGGUCAACUUCAGAGAAGUGGACCCAUGACGCCUACCGCGGACCGGGUGCCACUCGAGGUGGACGACCUGCGGUCGCGCCAUCCCGGGCUCCUGUGCCCCUUACGACUGGUAGUCCUGUAUUUUCUAGGGAGUCUCCAAGGAUUGAAAUCAUUGGAUUGCACUAUGAGGUUUCUGCCGAAGAUUUGAAGUCAAUCUUUUCUCAAGCUGGUGAAAUUGUCACCGGUCCCACUAUUGUUUAUGACCGCUCUGGACGAUCAACAGGUUCAGCUUGGAUGGAAUACGCCAAUGUUCAGCAAGCCAAGAUAGCGAUCAACAAGUUUGACGGUGCCAUGACCAAGGGUCAAACUAUUUCAAUUCGGUUCGCCGUCCCUCGAUUCCCGCCCUCCGCUAUUCGCGGCCGUCCAGGUGCUGGUCGUGGUGCCGCUUCAGGUCAAAACUUGCUUUCUAGGAUUCAAGGCGCUCCCGGUACUAAUGUAUCUGCUCGUGUUGCUAAUGAUAGAGGUGCGAAGGUGGCACGUGGUGCUCGUGGCGGACGAGGACGUGGUGGUAAUGCCGGCGGCCGACCACGACGACAAGACGUCAAGCCAGACGAUCUGGAUAAAGAGUUGGACUCGUUCAUGAAGCAGGAUGCGGCUGGUGAUGUUGACAUGUCGUGAAAUAUUAAAUAAAUAUCUUGUCGUUUGAUAUAUCGCAGUAUUGGGAAUGAAUGAAUGAUUGUAUUGG